ACUGCUAUUAUGCACUUACUCACCAAUUCUCUCUCUUUCCUUCCUUACAAGAGGUCUUUCUCUCUCCCAGACGCAAUGCCCUCACUACCGCCACCACCGCCUUUCCCAUUCCUCAACCCAAACUCCCGCCAUUUUCGACUCCCUCCAAACCCUAAUUCCAAUGUUGUUCGAGGAGUGAGAUUCGACGGCCCAGUAGUCGAAAUCGGCCAAGUAUCGCAAACCGAAGACGGAGACUUGGUUAUCGAGACCUGCGUCACGCGGACGCUGACUCCGGCGUUGACUCUUGAGCAAGGGCUUCAAAAGAUCAAUGAGGUAGUUGAAGAGUUCAAGCUCAAUCCUCCUUCUACUCCUAGUGGAUUUCAUAGGUUUCAGGUGGCUGUGCCGCCGAGUGCCAAAGCCUUGAACUGGUUUUGCAGUCAACCGGAGUCGUCUGCUGUUUAUCCUCUGUUUUUCAUCUCCAAGGAUACCGAAAAUCCGAGUUUAAAAUCACUGUAUGUGAAUGAAACCCGAGGAGUUUUUGGAAUUGGUGCCGCAAUUUACUAUACUCCGUCGUCGUUUUCUUCUUCUUCGUCUUCUAGGAUCAAGAGAUAUUUAUCAAAUGAAUCAACCUCUGUAAUAGCUUACGGUUUUAUGGAUAAUAAUUACGACCAAGAGUCAUCUUUCAUGAAGCAUGAAGCGGGCUCGUAUUACUUUUUCGUUCCUCAGAUUGAGUUACACGAGUAUGAGGGCACUUCUAUUUUAGCAGCAACAAUUGCUUGGAGUGACUCUUCCCUUUGUACAUUUGAGGACGCCAUUCAUUCUUACGAGCCAGUUGUCAUAUUUGGCCCACAGCAAAGAGCAACCACACCAUGAAUAUAAGAUGUACUCUUAGAAAGCUCAAUCUUGAGGAGGAUGGAACUAUUCCCAUGGUAUACAUGAACGCUCUGUCAUCAAGAAGAAAAUAUGUUGUGGCUGACAUCAUGGCACUGGUAUCCU